AUGGGAAGCAACCAGACAUGGAUCACAGAGGUCACCUUGCUGGGAUUCCAGGUUUACCCAGAACUAGAGUUCUUUCUCUUUGGACUUUUCUGUCUUUUCUAUACCCUGACCCUUCUGGGGAAUGGGGUCAUCUUAGGGCUGAUCUGCUUAGACUCUAGACUGCACACCCCCAUGUACUUCUUCCUUUCCCAUCUGGCCAUCAUUGAUAUGUCUUAUGCUUCCAACAGUGUCCCCAAGAUGCUGGCAAAUCUUGUGACUCGGAGAAGAACCAUAUCCUUUGUUCCUUGCAUUAUGCAGACUUUUUUGUAUCUAGCUUUUGCUCACACAGAGUGCCUGAUUUUGGUCGUAAUGUCCUAUGAUAGGUAUGUGGCAAUCUGCAGUCCCCUACAUUACACUGUCAUCAUGAGCUGGAGAGCGUGCACAGUCCUGGCCAUCACUUCCUGGGUGUUUAGCUUCCUCCUGGCUCUGGUCCAUUUAAUUCUCAUCCUGAGGCUGCCCUUCUGUGGGCCUCAUGAAAUCAACCACUUCUUCUGUGAGAUCCUGUCUGUCCUCAAGCUGGCCUGCGCUGACACCUGGCUCAACCAAGUUGUCAUCUUUGCGGCCUGUGUAUUUAUCUUACUGGGGCCCCUCUCCUUGGUGCUGGUGUCCUAUUCGCGCAUCCUGUUUGCCAUCCUGAGGAUCCAGUCCGGGGAGGGCCGCAGGAAGGCCUUCUCCACCUGCUCCUCCCACCUGUGCGUGGUGGGGCUCUACUUUGGCAGUGCCAUCGUCAUGUACAUGGCCCCCAAGUCCCGCCACCCUGAGGAGCAGCAGAAGAUCCUUUCUUUGUUUUACAGCCUUUUCAACCCUAUGCUGAACCCGCUCAUCUAUAGCCUAAGGAACACAGAGGUCAAGGGUGCCCUGAGGAGAGUGCUGUACAAACAGAGGCCCAUGUGA